AGACAGGGUCUCUAUGUCUCCUGGCUGACCUGGAACUCACUGUGUGUAUCAGGUGCACAGAGCACAGAAACUAGCCUGCUUCUGUCUCCAGUGCUGGGAUUACAGAUGUGUGCCUGUGUUUGUUCGGUUUUAUUUUAUGAGUGUUUGCCUUGCAUGUGUGCUUAUGCACCGCAGUGUCAGAUCCUCUCGGACUGGAGUUAGGAUAGUGUCAGCCACCAUUUAUGUCCUGAAAGUCAAACCUGGGUCCUCUGCAGAAGCGCAAGAUCAGCUCUUAGACACUGAUCUAACUUUCGGCCUUGUUUUUCAAUUGAAGAUUUUUCACAGCUUAUCAGGUAGGCAAGGGUGACUGGCCAGCUAGUAAGCCCAAGGGACCUGCUUAUCUGCACUUCCCGAGCCCGGUGUUCCAAGUAUGGAUCACUGGGUCUCUGCUUGCUUGCUUGUUUUGUGUUUAACUGUAGGUCCUGGAGAAUCAAACAGUUCCCAUUCAUGCUUUCAGCACAAGCACCUCACCCCUGCCUCACAUUCUGCAUCUUUUCACAGAUCAUCACUUACCUAAACUCAGUAUUUUCCUGGUAUAAUUUUUUUGUCUAGUUCAGCAUCUUUAUUAAGCAUACUUUGGCUUUUAGCUAUUGUUUCAAGAGUUGGUUACAAAGAUACUAAAGAUGCAGAGUACAUAUAUCAGAGAUGUAUAAAUAAAGGGACAUCCCUACAACAGUAAAAAUAUGUGUAAGACACAGAAGUAUUAAAGGAGGGGAUGCCUGGGAGCUUUCCCUUAGAAAAUUCACCUAGGCCUUAAACAUCCACUGGAAAGUUUGCGUUAGAAUAUUGAGGCCUCAUUUGGGCAUUUGCAGCUAAUUGAAUGACUGACCAGUUGUUUGAGCUAGUUGUUUGUGAUCACUCCAGCUUAUAUUGUUAUAUUAGUAUGCUUUUAAGCAUACUAAUUUGAGAUGUCAUUUUUUUGUCAUUUAUUUAAUAUAUUUGUUUUUAUGUGUACGAGUAUUUUGCCUGUAUGUGUAAGUAUAUAUAUACCACAUGUGUGCGGUGCCCGAGGAAGCAAGAAAAGCGUUUUGGAUGCCUUGGAACUGGAGUUAUUGAUGGCUGUGAGCCACCAUAUGGGUGCUGAAAACCAAACCUAGGUCGUCUGCAAGAGCAGCAAGUGUUCUUAAUCACCAAGAACCCCUCCCCCCCACCAACUUUGAAAACUCAAACCAGUUCUUCUUCAUGGGGUGCUGAAGGGAAGGUUCUGCAUUAUCGCCCAAAUUAGAAACUUUACUCAGACUGGUUUCUGCAAAAGUUUACUUCAUCUAAGAAAUUAGCCAUUCUCUUAAGACAAUUUAGAUUGAUUAUUCUCAGUUUUGCUGCAGAUGUAAAAAGUUUCAGUUAAAAUUGGCUUUUCUUAAAAAUAAAUGCUUAUUUUAUGUAUUUGAGUACACUGUCACUGUCUUCAGACACACCAGAAGAGGGCAUCAGAUCUCAUUACAGAUGGUUGUGAGCCACCAUGUGGUUGCUGGGAAUUGAACUCAGGAUCUCUGGAAGAACAGUUGGUGCUCUUAACCACUGAGCCACCUCUCCAGCCCCUAAAUUGGCUGCUUUUAAUAAUUUAAUGUAGAACUCAAUGGCUGUCCUUAUUCUAACUUCUUUAAAUUUCAUAUAUAUAACAAUUUUGACUUUGUUUUCUUGUUUUUAUAAACUGCCUCAAUUCCCUUGGAUGAAAAAGACUUAAAAUUAUUAAUUAAAUACAUGUUCAUUUUAUGUGUUGUGUUUGUAUGAGUAUCUGGAAACCAUGUGUGUGCCUGGUGCCUGUGGAGGUCAGAACUGAAAUGCAGUUAGAGGGUUGUGAACCAUCCCUUGAGUGCUAGGAACUGAACCCAGCCGGGUGUCUGCGAGAAAGCAACGAUCUCUCCCAAUUACUGAGUUUUCUACCCCUUAACACUAAUAAUUUUUGUAAAAAUGGCUUUAUUUCUAAGUGUGAGGAUAAGCCAAAGAUAAAUUUAGGGUAGGAAUGAGAUACUGCUACCUUCCCUGAGUUCUGAGGUCUGGGUCCUGAGGUUGAAUCCUAGUUUUCAUCUAAUGACUCAGAAGAAAGCUGAUGUCUGCUCACCACUUCUCUCUAGAGGUUCAUAGGGAAAUCCAGAACUAAACUGAAGACCAAGGUUUUAUAAUUUAGGCUUCUCAUGUGUGCUGCUUUCAUGAUCCCCUUUUGACUUACAAUUAUGGCAACAGUGAAACAGACCUGUGCCUACUUGUAGGUCGGGGAGGGAAGCAAAAGUCGGAAGAACUGGACACCAAGAAACUAGCUUGGGAAGAGAAAAGCCUAGGCAGCACAAAUGGAAGCAAGUCUUUACAGAAAGCAGCUUGAGUUUCCAGAGUCAAAGCCCAGGGACAGUGUCAGGCUCAAGAGAGGCUGAGACACAAAAUGGAGAGGACUGUGUCUGGCACAGAACAAGAGGGAGGACAUUCCACCCUUGCUUUUUUGAGAUAGGGUCUUUCUAUGUAGCUCUCCUUGCUGUGUAGACAAGGCUGGCAUUGCUUUCAUAGAUAGCCACCUGCCUCUGCCUUCUAAUGGCUGGGAUUAGGGUCAUGCUCCACCACAUUCAGCCAAACUUUCAGUUUUUGUUUUGGAUUUUCUUUGGAGACGGGGUCUUGUUAUAUCACCCAGGUUGGCCCAAACCUUGCAAUCCUCCCGUUUCAGCUUCUCCAGUGCUAAUAGAGGUGUGCAUGCCCACAGCUACCUAAAAAUCAGUUUCUCUUUAUGAAAAUACUGGCAUGUCUAAGAGAAAUACGGGGGAGACAGGAGACGAUGUACACCUGUAAUUCCAGCUCCUGAGACACCCGGGCAAGAUCACUUGUCCAAAGGAUUACUUCUUUUUUAAAUAAACUCAGAUGCAGAAACUGGAAGGAAAUACUGGACAGGACUCUAUACAUAUUCGAGUGGCCUAACAGAGGGAUGGAUGGAGAUAAGAGAGCACCAUUUAACGUGUGUGUGUGUGUGUGUGUGUGUGUGUGUGUGUGUGUGUGUGUGUGUGUGUCUGUGCAUGUGAAGCCCAGAGGACAUGAGAUCCCCUGGAGUGGAAGUUACAGGCGGUUGUGAGCUGCCCAAGAUGGAUACUGGGAACAUAACUCUGGUCCUCUUCAAGAGCAGUAAGCACUCAAAACUCUCCUAGCCCUGUACCUUCUAAAAUAAAGAUUUUUUUAAAGGUUUAUUUAUUUUAUGUAUAUGAGUGCACUGUAGCUGUCUUCAGACACACCAGAAGCGGUCAUCAGAUCCCAUUACAGGUGGUUGUGAGCCACCAUGUGGUUGCUGGGAUUUGAACUCAGGACCUCUGGAAGAACAGUCAGUGCUCUUAACUGCUGAGCCAUCUCUCCAGCCCUAAAAUAGAGAUUCUUAAUAUUUCAUUUAAAUCCCGAGUCUGCUUUCUAUCUCCUAGAGAUCUUUUGUCUAAUUCUAGAGAAAUCUUCCAUACUGAUUUCAAACUUCACUCCCUGUCCUUGCCUACAGUAUCACCACCUCGAAUAUGCCUGAUGCUUAAAUUUCAGUUCUCUCGUUCACGUUCAUUGUUUUGAGUUGAGAAUUUGAAUUUACUUAUCCUGUCACUGGCGAAUUAAAGAUUGUGGCUCUAGAUAUCGACUUGUAGUACAUACGUGAGAUGCAUAAAAGGGAUAGCCACUUGAUGCUGAAAUGGGUAAAGUUGUUUUCAGGUAAGAAAAGUCCAUUUAGGAAGAGAAGAAUGAAGAGUGUGAAUCCUGGCUAAAGAGAGCGGUGUGUCCUCAGCUUUCCAGGGGCUUGGUGUGCAGGCAGCGGGGACAUUUUCAUUUUUAGAGUGCCUUUUAUUGCCACAACAACUUCUGCAAUUACAGGAUUAAAAGGGUUAUAAAAGAUGAACAUGAUUAUUCUUUACACACAUUUACAUGCAUUGUCGGCUGGCUUUAAUACUGUAAUGUGCUUUUAUGAUCUGUGAGUCAAGAGAUUAUUCUUCAUUCUUCCUCCAUGUAGUUUCUUGGGAAAACAAUUAUUAGCAACCCCCCACCCCCACCUCCCGUUUUUAAAAUGUGGCCACAGUGUGUUACCUACCCAGUUGGAUGUGGAACUUACUAUGUUGACUAGGCUGGCCCCUGAGCCUGUGGUGGUCAUGCUUCUUUGGCCUCCAGAGUGCAGGAAUUGUGUGUGUUGGCCAUCAAGCCAGAUUUCCUCAGCAUCUUUUAAAUGGGCCGUUUUGCCUGGGUCCUUGCUCUUUACCCUAGCUGGUACCACACCCUCCAGCUCUCCCUUCUGUUAGUGCUCUUGUAAUUCGGUACCCUUUUAUUUUUAUUUCUCUAAGAAUUGUACGGUGUUUUUACUGGCCUGUCUCCCUCUUGAGGGCAGGUCGCUCUUUUAUCCCUGAAUGCUGUGCACCUGAGCCUCCUGUCUGGCAUGUAGGAAAUAUUCAAUAAAUAUUUACUGAAUGAGCAAAUGUAUGUUCUCUUUCUCUAUAUACAUCUUCCUUGUUCAUUGGAUUCCCCCCCCCCCCCCGUAAGGCAGGAAAUUUAAUCCUUAUGGGAUGGAAAUAACCCAUAGUUCAUCAGGUGACUUUGCCAAAGUCGUAGAGCCAAGGAUUGAGAGCUUCUAAGCCUGGACUCUCCUUCACAUUGUCCUUUGUGGGCAAACUUCUCAGUGACCCAGAUGCAACUUGAACGAUUCAAUAGAGUGGUUUUUCACUUUUAAGUGUGCUUUUUAAGUAUGCAUGUAGUUUUAAGUAUUCUUUUCAGUGUGGUUUUGCCUGUACAUUUUUAAAUAUGUGCAUUUUACUUGUAUUUUGAAAUGUUUUUGUUUCAAGUGUGCAUUUAUUAUUAUUAUUAUUAUUUUUGGUUCUUUUUUUCGGAGCUGGGGACCGAACCCAGGGCCUUGCGCUUCCUAGGUAAGCGCUCUACCACUGAGCUAAAUCCCCAGCCCCUCAAGUGUGCAUUUAUAAAUGUGUUUUAAGCAUGCAUUUAAAGCACUUAUGUGUUUCAGCUCUGGACUGACUCAAAUUUCUCAUCUCCAUCCCAGCCUUCACUCAAGCCAGACUAACUAAAACGCAAAUGUGAUCACCUUCCUUCCUUCCUUCUUCCUUCCUUUCCUUCCUUCCUUCCUUCAAAACCUUGAAGCAGAUCAAGUUCAAACCUCCAAGAGUUUCCAAGAGUAACUGCUGCCCCUCUGCAGCCUCAUUGCUCUGUCAGAGCCUGUCAGCUCAUGCAUUCACUCAUCCUGGCGUGAACGCUUCUCCGUCUCCUGAAUACAAGAGCUGCUUUCAUUGCUCGCCCCGUCUAGAAUUCCUUCCCUUAGAGGGCCACCCUUAGAGGGCUCAGGAAUCUGCUCUACUGGGGGGUACAAGCAACUGCACUUUGGGGCUCGUCCACACCCUUACAGAUGGCUACCCUGUGUACUACAGCCCUCUUCGAAAGUGAGUAAGAGAUUUUGAAGCAAAAAUGAGUGACCUGUGCGUGCGUGGCCUGGGAACAUGGAUUCGGGUUGGGUGGAAUAACAUGUUCCAACACAGGAUAAAAGAAGUUAAGGCAUUUUCCAGACACCGGUUGGAUCAUCAGAUUGAUUACAGCAAACAGGAAAAAUGGACAGGUUUCAAAUAUUUUCUAGUGACAUUCUUAGCUUUCAUAUUGGUGAAAACCAUUGGUUCGCUGAGAUUGCUUCAAAGGUUUAGAGUUGAAAGUAUUUUAGAUCUGACACGGGUGGUCAACGAAGGCCUAUUCAGGGACUAAUGGUAUCUAAAAAUAAUCAUGAAGUUUAAGCUAUAGUCAUUCUGCUUUGUCAAAUCGUCAACACAGGUCUCCAGCACCAGCCAAAGUCCCCAGCUGCACAUUCCCAAUAUCUACGCCCCUCCCCCUCCCCAGGUCCUCACGAGGCUUCUGCGUGAACCAAGCUCACGGCUUGGCCAGUGGCGGGAAAUGUGCGGCUGGAAGGAUGGGAGGCUGGGUUUGGAGAGUAUCAGUUUUGCUUUGGGUAUGCAAAUGAGUUGUCAGCAAACUCUAACAAGGCUGCUUUCCCAGCCUUGUGUGGAUGGGCAAGCACUGCACCAUUGCAUUGCCACCUUCUUAAGACACCCCGUGAAGGACAGACGUUUUAGACCGGACGCUGAAGUCCGUGAGGAGCAGGAUUAGUCAAGGAAAAGUUAGCAGGUGCGGUAACCACGGGUUCUUUUUGGUCAAUGCAGCGAUGUCUCAGAAUUCAAGUUGCCCGGCGCCACAAACUGCGCAAUGGAAAAAUCCUAGAUUUAGGGCAACAGCCUACAGCCCCGCUUCUUUCGCUCUACCUGUCCACAGCUCAGAGCCGGGUAAUCUCUAACGAGGAACCAGCGUCCAUCUCAUGGUCCUGCGCGGAGGCUGGGAGUGCGCUAGGGCUCAGCUCCGCUUCCGGGAGCGCUGAGGAGGCGGAGCCUUGGCCGGGCGUUAGGCGUGGCACGGAGGCGGGACAAUAUGAGGUCUGGGACGUAGUUUGAAACAGAGGCGGGGCUGGCGCCGGAUGUGGGCGGGUCUGGCGCGGGGCGGGGUGGCGCGGAGUGCGUGGGGCGGGGCAUGGUAGGGCUAGGGGCGUGGUGUGAGGGGUGCUGGGCUUGGGCGGGACCGGACAGAGGGACCUGGAGAGGAAUCGGGCGGAGGGGCGGGGCGGGGAGGGGCGGGAACCGGGCUGGUCACGCUGCGGCUGCGCGUUGCUGCUUUUCGUAGUUCGCCCGGGCGGGAGAGGCGGCGGCGGCGGUGAGGGCGGCAGCGGCGGUGGCGGUAGCGCGGGCCGGGAUGCGGCGCUACCUGCGGGUCGUAGGGCUGUGCCUGGCCUGCGGCUUCUGCUCGCUGCUGUACGCCUUCAGCCAGCUCGCAGUGUCCUUGGAGGAAGGAGCGGCCGUAGGCCGCAGGCCGCAGGCCGCGGUGGCUUCCUGGCUGGCGGACGGCGGACGCGGCACCGGGAGAGGCGCGGGCAGCGCGGGCCCGGGCCGGACCGGCAGGUAUGGUCUGAAAACAAGGCCCACUGAGAAAAUGCACCUUGCCGUUGUCGCCUGUGGUGACAGACUGGAAGAAACUGUGACCAUGCUGAAGUCGGCUCUGAUUUUCAGCAUCAAGCCACUGCACGUCCACAUUUUUGCUGAAGACCAACUACACGAUAGCUUUAAAGACAGACUCGACAGCUGGUCAUUUCUACAGAGAUUCAACUAUAGCCUGUAUCCCAUCACCUUCCCAAGCGACAGUGCCAUGGAGUGGAAGAAGCUCUUCAAGCCCUGUGCUUCCCAGAGGCUGUUCUUGCCAUUGAUACUGAAAGGGGUUGACUCGCUGUUGUACGUCGACACGGAUGUCCUCUUCCUGCGACCUGUUGAUGACAUCUGGUCGCUGCUGGAGAGAUUCAACUCCACACAAAUCGCCGCCAUGGCGCCGGAGCACGAGGAGCCCAGGGUCGGAUGGUACAACCGCUUCGCCCGGCACCCGUACUACGGGCGCACAGGCGUGAACUCGGGAGUGAUGCUCAUGAACAUGACCCGGAUGAGGAGAAAGUACUUCAAGAACGAUAUGACCACUGCACGGCUACAAUGGGGAGACAUACUUAUGCCACUGCUUAAAAAGUACAAACUGAACAUCACAUGGGGUGACCAAGAUCUGCUAAAUAUCAUGUUUUAUCAUAAUCCAGAAAGCCUUUUUGUCUUCCCGUGUCAGUGGAAUUACCGGCCAGAUCACUGUAUAUAUGGAAGCAAUUGCCGAGAAGCAGAAGAGGAAGGAGUCUUCAUUCUUCAUGGAAACAGAGGGGUUUACCAUGACGACAAGCAGCCAGCUUUCAGAGCUAUGUAUGAAGCACUAAGAAAUUGUUCUCUUGAGGAUGAUUCCGUCCGUUCCUUACUCAAACCUUUAGAACUGGAACUACAGAAGACAGUUCACACGUAUUGUGGAAAAACUUACAAAAUAUUUAUCAAGCAGUUGGCGAAAAGCAUAAGAAACCGUUACGACACACCACCAAAGGAAAGGUGAUUCUUCAUGACGAAGUACACUGAAGAAACAGUAAUGCCUCAGGAGAUAUGAAGGAAUGGUAUUGGAAAAGGAUUUAGGGGGCGUUUCUGUCUCCAGAAUAAUCCUCUUCGGAAGAAUUAAAUGAGCAGUAUAUUCAUGCCAUGAAGAAUAAGUUAAACUCUGGUGCUGCAGUAAGAAGAUGGUUUGUAACAUUACUUGGUGUCUUUCCAGCAUUAGUGAACGCAUUGGACAGUGUGGGCUGUGGGGCUGGGUUGGCUCGUGAUCAAGUAAGUAAGGACUGGGAGGAUGGGGAGAAAGUGUACCUCGGACAUAGUGGAGACAUUCAAGCUGUGAGUGUAGCAAUAAUUUAUGUCAGCACUAACCUCACUUUAAGUGUGAGAAAAGUUUACAGGAGCAGAAAGGUUCUGUUUCUUAAGAAAUGUGAUGUAACCAAUGUUAACUGUUGACAAUCUAUGUACCACAUACAUUUCAUCUCUGCUCUAUGACAUUUGGUGACAAUCAUGUUUGAGAUUAUUUGUAGAUUUUACGUAAGCUGCACAUUUAAAAAUUAGCUGUAUGAGGAAGGAGAAAAUAGUAAAACUUAAAAGGAGGCAGUGUGUGUGUGCCAGUGUGUGAGUGUGAGUGAGAGUGUGUGAGUGUGUAUGUAUGUGAGUAUGUGUGUGUGAGUGUGGUGGGUGUGUAUGUAUGUGUGUGUGUGUGUAUGAGUGUGGUGUGUGUAUAUGUAUGUGUGUGUUUGUGCGUGUGUGAGUGUGGUGUGUGUAUAUGUAUGUGUGUGUGUAUGAGUGUGGUGUGUAUAUGUGUGUGUGUGUGAGAGUGCUGUGUGUGCGUGUGCACGUGUGUGUUGACAAAUGAAGUGUGUUCAUUUUGUAUGUAUUAAACUGUCUUGCCAAACCUAAGCUCUAAGAUAUUUGGGGACAUUUUAAAAAUCACUUUAAGUGAAAAAUUUCAGCUUUACUGGGCAUUCUGGAAGCAAAAUAUAUUAUGCUGAGAAUAAAGUAAGAACCUAGUCGCAACACUACCAGGAUGGUGGAAAAUGCAGCGGACCAAAUGCAUAAGCCUGUGAGAUUAGCAGUGGUCCUUUCAGCUUUCCUUCUACCUCAAAGUGCAUUUCCAGGAUCCGUCUGAAGAGGGAGGCAGAUGCAGACAGAGCCUUACUUAGAGUAGAUUAGACAGCUGUGGUGGAUGGUUUGGAGGAAGAAGAUUUUUACAUCUAGCUGUAGAAAAAGGCGUUUUGGUUUGGGUAAAUAUGCGUAUUUUUUACUUUGAACACCAUUGAAGAUAGUUCCUUUUUAAUAUCUGGACCUUCACUCCUUGUCCAUCUUGCCUUGACACUUACUGUAUUCUGAGUGGGUAGCGUGUGCCAUUCUGGGGCAGUUUCUUCCUACCAGGUGCUUCUGAGGCCCGGGCUGUAUUCUGUUUCUCUUGGACCUUAACGCUCACCCAGAGAAGGGGAAGUUAAUGAAGGAGCAGUAUCAGCUGUGACGGUCCCGGAUCCUCUGUAGGAAGCGAUCAGUGCAGUUGCUCCAACUUCAGUAGUUCAGCCAGAGACAGACCAAGAGAAGGUUUAAAAUGCCAUCAAAGUAUCUGCGCCCAGGAGAGGAAUUGUUAUUAGCUCAGUACGCAGAUAGGUUGAGGGAGCAGCAGCCAUGAUUCCUUGGCAGAAUGUCAUCAUGAAGUUAGAUUCUGUGGCCUGUGUUCAAGUUUAGCUUGUUAGGUGGAAACAUGAGAACCUUAGCCUUUGAAGUUUGGCUUAUAAUGUGAGAGAGCUUGCCAAAAACAAGUCCUACAUAUACUGUAUCUAGGAAGGAGUCUUUAAGAAAUUUUUUAAAUGAAGAGAUUAAAAAUUAUAUCAAAGUAGACUAGGGCCAUACCUCAAUAGUCAGAGUGCUUACUUCAUGUGCUCAAGAACCAGCAGUGCAGAAAAUAAUAGGAGAUGAGAAGGAAGUAAGAUCUUAGUGCAGCGCUCUCACUGGUCAUGUCUGUUACCAGUCAGGAUCUUGCCACAUUUACGUCAUCUGUUCCUUUUUUAUAUUAAAGUCUCAGGCAUCAUUCUGUGUCCCUGCAGUAAAUGGUUUGGUACUUACAGGUAACCACGGCAACUACAUCAUCCUUAGCAACAGCAGCAGCUGCCUUUGGUCUGUCUUACAUACGCUUGGUGCACGAUGGUUCUGCUUUGAGUGAGUUCCUCAGAAGGUUCCGAUGUAGCUAGUUUAGGAAGCACUGGAAAUUCUUAUGCCAUCCUUAAGGUUGGAGUUAGGAUGUCACAGUUAUUGGCACAAUUGCUAACUUAUAAGUGCCAUUUUCAGAUAGAGGAAGCACUUGGGGUUAUUGACGAGAGAGGGACUCAUGAGUACCUUUAGAUGCAAUUUUCUCAGUAGCCGAAGCCUCAACCCCAUGCGCUCCACUCUGAUUGGUUGAGGCCGUUUAGAGAAAGAAUCUUAAAAUGCAUCAAACCUCUAGAAAGUCUGUUUUAAGAAAAUGCAGUUUGCCUUUAUGAGGAUGAGCUCAUGAGCUAUGCCAUGCUUGCCUUGGACACUGCUUCCUCAUGGCUCUCAUCGGCUUAUGUCAAGUGUCAGUGUCAUGACGAGAACAGAUGGGGACUGGCCUGCUUUCCCUUUGUGGGCUUGAGGGGUGUGCUGACCACACCGUGCUAGAGCGGCGAGGAGGUGUGGAAGGGGUGGCUGGAGGGACGCAUGUAGCUCCUCAGCCAUGCCAGUGUUGAUGGCAUCCAGUUUUGCCAGGGGCUGGGCUGCCUCCUGAGGCUGAGAGCUUUUUGUCUGUCUUCUCCAGGGUGGAUUUGUUGAUGGUAUGUGGAAGGAACAGAUUUUAAGGAAGAGAGGAAGAGAAGAAAAGGAUGAAGCAAAUGAAUAGUCAAGAAAGGAGAGAGAGAGAGGUAAAAGAAUGACAGAAGGCUAAGUGAGCGAAAGAUGAAGGAAGGGGGGAGAUGGGUAGGUGCAGAUGAAGGGAACUGGAAACAUGGGGUCCCCUGCCUAGGUCAGUGCUUGCCCUACACUGCCUGGAGCCUGCGGCUGGGGAUAGCAGAGCCAGUCUUGUUGGAGUCAUUGAUAACAGACACGUUUUUUGGUCACCUUGUUCAUUGAGUGGUAGUUGUCCUUUUAUUUUCUUUGCCUGUGGAAACACACAUACUUUCCAUUUUAAUGUCCUUUAGCUUAUCCAGGGUAAGUCUGUGAAGGAAACAGCUUUGUAAUGUCUAAAUCUCUCCUAUCCGUUUUUCCCUAGCACUGCUAAUUAGAGGCCAGUAUGACCAUUUUGUUUGUUUGUUUGUUUACUUUUAAGUAUAGCUAUUUCCAACUUAUAUAUAAAAAUCUCCUCAGGGAGAACUGAAAUAUUAUAAAAUAAUCCUUAGCUUGCGGCGUUGCCUAGAAUGGUGGCUAGGGCAGUGGUUACACCUACCUGUUCCUCCCCGUCCCAGUGGGGAUACUUUCAGUGGAACUGGUGAGUGACUCAGGAGACAGAUGGUGGAAACAUUAAAAGCAAACCUUUAAAGAAUACUCAUUGUCAGGACAGAGAGUUUGCUCAAUGAUUCUGAGCACUUGGUCCCAGCACCCACAUGGUGGUCCACAACUACCUAUAACUCCAAUUCCAAGGGAUCCAACACCCUCUUCUAACCUCUGGGCACCAGACCCAUAUGUGGUGCACAUGCACACACACAGGCAACACAUACAUAUAAUCUAAAAACAUUUAAAAAUACUCACUGUCCUUUCCAGUUGCUUAUAAUAAAUAGCACAAGCACAGUUCGCUCCUUUGAGAUGUUCUUAUUAAUGUGGUUGAGCUGUCUUUUCAAAAAUGUUUCUGGUUUGUUUUUUGUUUUUGUUUUUGAAUAGAGAAGAAAAAUAGAAUGUGCAAUAUGUCCGGCGUGGGGCCAGUUAUCCAUUUAUUAAGUGUAAUUUCAAGUGUCUUAAAGUAAUAACCACCUUACUGCAUUUUAAUACCCGGUGGAAGUAACCGAGGUGGCCAGUUUUGCCGUGGUCAUCCUUUACACUGCCAAAGCAGCCCCUUUCUUCUAGAAUCUACCUAACUUGUUCUGAUAGUUGUAGUUUUUUUAAUUCAUUGAAGAUAAGAUUAAAAAAAAAACAAAACCCUGAGGUAUAUAGAUUUGAGACCGAUGUCUAAAAGCUGUUAUAAGGAUCACAACUGGGCGUGGUGGCACAUGACCUGUUACCCAGUACUUGGGAAAUUGAGGUGCAUGCAAGGGCAGUAUGGCCUUUGUUGAGAUUUUUGUCUCAAGAAGCAAAAUAAAAACAACAAAAAAACAAAACAAAACAAAAAACCCAAAACAGAAAAACCUCUACAAGUGUGUGCUAAUCAGAUAUGUAGUCCUUAGAGAAUCGUGAGACAGUGUGUGCCUGUUGGCCUGGCAAUCUACACCAGGUUACAUACCAGUGUCAGGAUUACUUUUCAGAACUUGUCACCUCAUCCUGGCCAAUAAUUACAAGUAUCUCCUGUGAUUUCCUUAGACUUUUCUAUAAUUUUAUGUUUCAAACAGUCAGGAGUUUUGUAGUGAAUUUCUCUCAGUAAUGCUGUGAAUACCAGAUAUUUUCCUAUCAAACUUGAGAACUGAUUGGGACAUUUGACCUGUGUAGAUAAAACAUGCAGUCAGACUAUUGGAGCAUCUUCACACACAGCACACCAUGACCGCACCUUCUGAAAGUUCAUUUAGAGAUUUCGACCACCUAUGCCAUUUAAACAGUAAAUCGUUCCCCUGGGGUAAUACUUCUGUCUGAACUGUUACAAGUCCAACUGUUACAAGUGGACUUUUUAAAAACACAAAACUAAUAGCUGUUUUCAGCUUUUGUAUUAAAUCUCUUCAGGGAAUAUUGAAAUGUUAUAAAAUAAUCCAUAGCUGUGGCGUUGUUCUAGACCGUGCCUGUUCUGAAUACAGCAGAACAUGCCCUUGUCGCACGAUUACCGUUAUAUGUGAGGGCUGAUCAGAGGGAUUUGAUGCGCUCUGUAUCAGAAGGUGUCUGAGAUGGAAAUGAGAGCCUGGAACCAGCUGCAGGGGCUCACGUCUGCCAAGCAUUUGCUUGGGUCUGUUACUGUGCUGAGCACAGUGGCCUGCGGCUGCGGGAAGGCAUCGUGAUGAACCAUGCUAUGUAGACAUUACUGCCUCGAAACUGCUUUUACCUUAAAAAUAUUUUGGUUUUUAUAAUAAUGUGAAUAUUUUAAGUCAUUUGUGUAUCUUGAGAACUCUUAAUGGGGAGUAUAAAAGUAUGAAUUUGGGGUCUAGCUUACCAGUAUUGGAAGAUGCCUUGCUCUGUUCUGGAAGGUUCAGCUCAGGUGUUUCUUGAGAAGCUGUAUGCUGUUACUAAAUAUGUACUCAAUAAAUGUUGGAUUUCCUCA